GCGAAGUGCAGGGUGAGGAAGCAGCACAGUUGCUCAGCCACAGCUCUCCGUCAGCACCUUGGACGUCUUCGUCGCCGUCGUCAGCCGCCGCCGUCAGCCGCCGCCGUCAGGAUGAACAAAUACUUCCCAGGAAUCGGCCGCGUGGAGUACCGGCCAGACGCCGGCCCGGAGGACACCCUCGUCUUCCGGCAUUACAACGCCGGCGAGACCGUCCAUGGCCGGACCAUGGAGGAGUGGCUACGCUUCUCCGUCUGCUACUUCAACACCUUCAGGUACUGUGGCUCUGAUGGCCACUAUGGUCAGCGAGCUCACCAGCACCAGUGGGAUGGCUCCCGCACCCUCGAGAACUACAAGCGUCGCAUGAUGGCCGCCUUCGAGUUCUUCCACAAGCUCAACGUCAAGUUCUACUCGGUGAGCGACCGUGAUAUGGCUCCAGAGGGUGACAGCUUCGAGGAGACCAACAGCUACCUGGAAGAGAUGGUGACCCUGGCUUGUGACCUUCAGAAGCAGACUGGUGUCCAUCCCCUCUACUACAGCGCUGACCUCUUCACCCACCCUCGCUAUAUGAAUGGCGCCGGGGCCAACCCUGAUGCCCACGUCUUCGCCUAUGCUUGUGCGCAGGUCAAGCGCAGUUUGGAGGCGGCCAAGCGCCUAGGCGCCGAGAACUUCGUCUUCUUCAACCCUCGCGAUGGCUACCAAAGCGUAUUGCAGCGUCAGUUCUUCCGCGAUCAAUCGCACAUGGCGCAGCUGUACCGCAUGGCCUCGCAGUACAAGGAUAAGAUUGGCUUCAAGGGCCAGCUGCUGAUGGCCAAGCCUGCUGACCCUCGCCGUCACCAGUACGAGAGUGACGCCAUGGCCACCAUGCAAAUGUUGCGUCACUUUGGUUUGGACAAGCAAUACAAACUAUACAUCAAGCCAGCCUUCUCCCGCCUCAUGGGUCGCCCCUACGAGCACGACGUUGGCAUGGCAGCCGCGUACAACAUGCUGGGUAGUGUGGACGCUUCUGACAGCUUCUCGGAGUUCCAAGGAACGUCUGACAUCUGCGCCAAGAACCAGCGCGACGCCACCUACGUCAUGAAGUGCGUUCUUGAGCAGAGUGGCCUGCAGCAAGGAGGGUUCACACUGGGUGGCCGUGUCCGUCGUGAGUCCGUGGAGCCUCGGGACUUGUUCCACGGUCACGUCCUGGCCAUGGACACCUUCGCCCGCGCCCUCAGGAAUGCUGCCCGCAUGAUCGCCGACGGCUGCUUCGCCCGCAGUGUGCAGCAGCGCUACUCUUCCUACAAGUCUGGCAUCGGUGAGCGUAUCGAGAAGGGCGCAGCCACUUUCGAGGAGUGCGAAGAAUACAUCCGCAAGUGUGGUGAGCCUCAGCCACAGUCCAGCCGCUACGAACACUACGAAAACAUGUUCAGCUACUACGUCUACCCACCGCGGCAGUAGAUUAAUAUUACCACCCCAGCAGGCGAGUCCUGUCCCCACCCCCGUCACCUCACCACACUCAACACCAUCCCUUAACGACCGAUACACCUGUACCUAGGAGAAGACCCUACACCUUCAUGUACACUUAGGAGGGGACCCCAUACCCUUCACCAAGGAGGGGACCCCACACCUACACAUUCACCUAGGAGGGGACCCCAUACCCUUCACCAAGGAGGGACCCCACACCUUCACAUUCACCUAGGAGAGGGCCCCAUCAC